AUGACUCCAUUACCCAUGAGCCAGGCACUGUGUACUGAUGAAUUCUGUUACGCCACCUCUUUUCCUGGUGAUCUGGAGCAGCCUGCAGUGCCGGGCUUCUAUAAGGCGGAGGCUACGGAGGCGUCCUGCACCAAGUGCCCCCCGCACAGCUACUCCCACCUGGAGAGGGCCGCCGAGUGCACCUGCGAAAAGGGCUACUACCGCGCAGGACGGAGACCCGCGCUUUAUGGCCUGCAACACAACAACAGCACCGGAGCAGCGGGUUCAGGCCUCAUCACAAAGCCCCCUGUGUGCCCUGACCUGCAGCCGCGCAUACCAACAGCCCGCCUGCCGGCAAAGCCCCCCUGUGUCCCUGAGAACCCCAUCUCCACCAUCAACGACACCUCCGUGACCCUGGAGUGGAGUCCUCCGCGUGACAGCGGUGGCCGCGGCGACGUGGCCUACAACGUGCACUGCAGGAAGUGCUCGUCCAAUGGCAGGAAGUGCAGCCAAUGCGGCGGCGGCCUGCACUUUGCACCGCGGCAGUUUGGCCUCUCGGCCACCAAGGUCCAGGUGACGGACCUGCUGCCGCACACCAACUACACCUUCAGCAUUGAGGCGGUCAACGGCGUCUCCGACCUCAGCCCCAGCCCCCGGCAACAGGUCUCCGUCAACAUCACGACCAGUCAGACCGUGAGUGUGAUCCUGAAGGAGAGGAAGAGUAAGGAUAGCAUCACGCUGGCCUGGCAGGGUCCUGACAGGGCCAAUGGAGCCAUCGUGGAGUAUGAAGUCAUCUACUAUGAGAAGAACCAGCUGGACCAGAACUACACGGUUCUGAAGACCAGGUCCAACAUGAUGACGGUGGAGGGCCUGAAGCCCGGCACCACCUACGUGUUCAGGGUGAGGGCGCGCACCGACGGAGGGUACGGCAACUACGGAGGGGAGUUGGAGCUGGAGACCAGUCAUGAGGACAUGCUGGCGAUAGGGGACCCUAACCAGUCGACCAUCCUGGCGGUGUCUAUCGCUGGUGGGAUUGUGCUGCUCAUCUUCCUGGUGGCCUGUUUCGUUGUGAGUGGGAGGUGAGUUGCACUCCUGAGGUCUUCUCCCAAAGGUUUCAUUUCAUUUUCUCUCUGUUUCUUUUUUUUUUCGU